AUGAAUCCUGUGAGCGGAGGAAGUCGUAACGAUGAGCGGUCCUGGGCUGGUGUCGAUCCUGCUCGGUUGCAGCUUGCUCCUGGUGUCGCUCUCCGCCGUCACUUGCCUCUGCUACAGGCGUGGUCGCUCCAAACCUCGCCGCCCAUUGGCCUUCUCGAGGCGACCUACUUCGGCCCUCCGGAGUCCAGCGGUCAACAGCUACUACAUCAAGAAGUCUCCCUCUCCGGGAUCUGGAAGCAACUCUCCAAACGAUGCUUGUAUUCCCAGCGGAAAGAGUUCUCCAGGAACCUCCCCGAUCGGCGACGAUGGACAACAGCAUGCUGAAGAGGCUUCAACCAAAGUCCACACUGAGGAUGAGACAGCGAGCAGCAGAAUGGAUAGCCCAACCGUCGACGAAUCCCAGCAGUUGGAUGAGAACAGCACUGGAUCCGUUCUUGGACAGCUAGUUUUCCGUAUAAGAUAUAAGAAAGAAAAAAGUACACUCAUUGUGAGCGUUGUGAAAUGCCGAGACCUGCCUGGCAAAGAUCCAGCUGUUGGAAGUAGUGACCCUUACGUGAAACUUCAAUUGUUGCCAGACAAACAGCAUAAAGUGAAGACUCGCGUUCUACGAAAAACAAGAAAUCCUGUCUACGAUGAGGAUUUUACCUUUUAUGGAAUCACACCAACUCAAUUACCGAUCAAAUGCCAAGGCAGAGGAGAACUAUUACUAUCGCUCUGUUGGCAACCAGCUGCAAAUCGUCUAAGUGUAGUUGUCUUGAAGGCAAGGAAUUUACCUAAGAUGGAUGUCACUGGUCUUGCUGAUCCUUAUGUAAAGAUGUAUUUGAUGUAUAAUGGCCAGAGAAUCAGUAAGAAGAAAACACAUGUUAAGAAGAGAACUUUGAAUCCAGUUUUCAAUGAAUCUUUUGUCUUUGAAAUUCCACAAGGAGCAGAAAGUCUUGAUCAUGUUUCUCUCGAGUUCCUUCUUCUUGAUUGGGAUAGAGUUACAAAGAAUGAGGUGAUUGGGAGGCUUGAGCUUGGGGGCUCAACAGUAGGGUCCGCACUGCACCAUUGGAACGAAGUGAGGAACUCGCCGAGAAGACAAAUUGCCGAAUGGCACAAACUGCGCGAGUAGCUUUGUCUUAGCGACCCACUUUAGAAGACAACAACCCAUUCCAACCCUCAUUCCAUUUAUUUAGCUUCUAUUUUUUAUCGAUGGCGGCGGCAUUGAGAUGGGGUUACAUUCCUUACCUUGGCUGAAUAGCAAAUAAUAGGAUUAUGUUUGAAAAGUAAAUUCCAUCACCAUAAUUGCAUUCCUAGAAAUAUAAAAAUUAUCAUUCACAACCAUUUAAAUGUAUUCCAAAUGUUAACAGUUUCAGUAAGUCAUUUUCUGAUAAUAUCUCAUGACUGGGUUCAUAUUAAAAAAAAAAUUAUAAAACAUCUAUAAGGCUGAUUUAAUAACGAAACAUACCCCUUUAAAUCUAAAAGGGAACUGAAGGCAAAUUUCGCUGAUGGGAGUAGAAAAAGUCUCCUUGUGACGUACAAUCCACUGGAAUAAGAAAUAAUAGGAGCAAUAAGAGCAUUAUUUCCAAUGAACCACAAGGCCGUGGGGAAAGACUGGAGCAUCUUUCCAGAAGGUACAUAUGGACUGAAAGAGUUGAACGAUAGUGGUUUUAUAUAACCUGGAUUAUGUAUAUAUUAAUAAUAUACCUCAAUGAGAUAAAAUAAAUAAAUUAUUCCGACUUUCAGCAAAUACAAAGGAGUCCUGAUAAUCCAAAAUGAUUGGGACCUAUUUCAGAUUAACAAUUUUUUUUUUUUAAGAAAAGUCAUACUUAAUGAUUUUGUUAAUGGAUAUUUAUGUCUUACAAUGGUACUAGUACCUCCAUCCACUUUCUAACUCCCAGACGUUUUAAAUCAUCCUGCACAUCCUCCAGUCAUCUGAUCAGAGGGCGUCCUCUAUUUCUUUUGCCAUCCAGCAUCUCGUAGAACAUCUUUAGUUGGGCAUUCUUUUCACACAACCUAUCUAUCUUAUCUACUCUUUUUAUCAACACCACAAUAUCGGAUUCUCCAUGCAGUUCCCGCAGCUCCUCAUUCUUUCUUCUUCUCAAAUUUCCAUUCUCAGCUAUUUCGCACCAUAUUCUUCUCAAUACUUUCUUCUCCGAGGAGUAGAGCAUGCAUUCUGAGUUAUUGUUUAAGGACCAACUCUCAUACCCAUAAAUAACCAGUGGCCUUUCUCCAAAAUAUUAUCAAAUUGAAAUAAAAAUGAUCUGUGGUUUCAAGCCAAUGACAUCGACCACUUGAAAUUGCUGAAGUAUUUUUUAAAGAACUUGUCAUCCCAGAUAAGAAUGAAAUUAAUAUCAUAAAGUGAUAACAAGGAGAAGGUAUUUCACUCAGACAUUUUGGUUACAUUUAUGUAGCAUGAUGCUAUAUAUAUAAUCUACCACGAAUCCAGCAUAAGCAUUUUUGUUUUGAGGAGCUGGUAUGAUGAAGGGGGAGAUAUUCUUUUCUUUAUGAAAUAAUGUCGAUUCCAGUUUUAACCAGAAAUUUUCUUAAAUAAACUUAAUAACAAAACAUUAUUAGUUUCGUUGGAAUGAAUUGAAAAAAUAAUUUUAUUCUGGAACGAAGGUUUGUCUCAACAAUAACGACAGAGUUCAGAAUUUAUAUACAUUAGUCUGGUAUGAAGGAAAACAGAAUGGUUCUUAACUGUUAGCAGUAGCUGUAAUAACAGUAACAAAUAACUCUUACAUAGUUUCAGUGGUUUGAAUAUGAAGUAGAUGAUCACAUGUGAGUUUAAAGGACUUUGCGGAAGAGAAUUGAGGAAUGGAGGCAAAGAAGGAGUUCUGAAAUGAGGUAACUCAAUUAUUUUCUGAAGGAAGUGGUUUUAUGGGAGGAGAUAUAUAGGUCAAUAAGUUAAGAUCUAGUAUAUGAAUAGUGAAUAUAGAAAUGUAGAGUGAGGGGUUCUAGGAUGUAGAGAGGGUUUUUGGUUCUAAGAAAGAAAAUACUAAGAAGGAAUUGAUAUCAGGAAGUAGAAUAGAGCCAUUUAAAUUCACAAGUCUCUUCAAUCUUAUCUUCAGCCUUGCCAUCAGUGUCCAAUACACAAAGCAACUAUAGUUGAAGUGGGGGAAAAAUAUGUGUUGUUACAAGGAGCUGUUUGUUCUUUUGAGGAAUAGAAUCAUAUAAUCUUAGGAGUUGGUUAAGGAUAGUUAUGAAUUUUCAAGUGAUCUGGGAAAUAUAUUUAUUCCAGAAGAGGUUCUGAUGAAAAGUUAUUAGUAGGUUUUUCACUGUUGGGAAAAAAUGGAUGGGUCAGUUAUAAAGGUAAAGUAGAGAAUACUAAGGAAGAGGACUAAUGAGGCCUCGGUUUUUCCUGUGUUCAGUUUCAAUUCAUUUAUUUUUAUCAAUCUGUUGAUACAAUCAAAAUCCUCUUGUAGGUUUCAAGUAACCUCAGACAUCCCGGAGGUUGGAAUACUUAGUAAAUUUAGAUCUUUCUUAUUACCGAAGUUCCGAUUAUCAGGACUUCAUUAUAAUAAGAUAUUGAACAUUAACAAAAUAAAUCAAUAUCAUAAAAUAUUAACUAACAAAAUAUUUAUUAUACUAUAAACUAUUUUAUUUAUACUUCUUAGUGCGUAUAACUGAAUAAAUAAGAACAAUUGAUUCAGUUAUUGUAUUAUUUUUUUUUUAUAACUCAUUAUUUUCACUACAAAUAUACUAAAAAUAUUGUAGUUAAUAACUACAGCUAGGAGUGCAAUUAUGGUCCAAUAUACUCUUUAACAGAAUGUGCAAUAUACCAAUCCAUCCUAUUGAUGAGUGAUAUUUCAUUUAUGCAGGAAAAACAGAAUUGUGAAUGGGAACAACUAUUUUUUUUAGAUGAUUUUAAUUAUAUAACAUGCUUUGUUUUGAUUUCAUCCUGAAAUCAAAAGGGAUUCUUGAUUAGUUCAAUGAUAACUUGAUAUUAUGAGGUUGAAUAAAGGUUGCGACUAUAUUUUUAAACACUUGAGUAUUUUAUUACACAAAUGUUCAUUCCAUGAACGAAGUUGAUCGAAGAGAGAAUAAAAAUAAAGAUAUUAUAUUCACGAAGAAAUGUUAUUAUAUAAUGAUAGUUUUAAAUCACAAGUGUGAUUUAUAUCUGUACAUACUAUUAAAUAAAUUCACUUUACAUGAGCUGUAGUCGCUAUUAGAACUGUUCCUUGGCAGCGAGAAAAACAAUAUAAAUGAAUUAUAUAAACUUUCGAUUUUGUUUGCAUACUUUCAUUAUUUAAUAGGAAGCAAUGUCCAUUAUUAGAAAAGCACUUCCACGAAGUAGAAAUUUCCAACACAGGAAAAAUAUCACAGCAUGUCGCACAAAUCUGUUAAAAUGUAUAAAUAUUUAGUAAUUAGCUACGUAUAAAAUAUGAGUUUAAAUACAAUAUUUAACCUGUUAAAACAAUGUAGCGCAGUUCAGAUAUUUUCCAGAAAAUGGAGAAUAAUAAUUCUAGAUCUGAACAGUAUAUACUCCCUGUAAUAAGGCAUCUGGUUUUGAAAACCAAUAACUUUCAUUUUCCAAAAAAAAUUAUGGAGUGACAAAAUCUGUUCCUUUAUUAAAUAACAAAGUAAGUUAUUUAAAAUAAAAGCAUUAUUUCCAUGUUCAAGUAAUUAUGACUUCUAAGAUAUUUACUUAGCAAAUACUAUAUGAUGUUUUUUAAUAAAGGAUAUGUCUAGAAGGAUCUAGAUAUGUAUGAAAACCAUCGAAGCGGGUUAUUUUGCAGAAGUUUUUGUGGUAAUCUAUGUUUUUACCCACCUAUAAGAGUCAAAAAAGAUUGAAAUUUGUACUUGUUUAUCUUUGAUUACAAAUGAAAGAAAAAUACAUUAUUUUAUACUAAGUUAAUAUAUAUGGAUGCUUUAUUUUUAUUUUUUAUUAAAUAUAAAAGCACCAUUUCUAAAAAUCAAAAACCUGUUCAAUUUAAAUCGAUUCGAUAAAGAGCAGCACUAAAACAUAAUGUUUUAAAACAUUUUGUUUAAAUGUUCUUCAAGAAAUACUUUUUUUUUAUAAAUGAUAACAAAUUUUAAUUGCAAUAAAAUGAAAAAAAAAAUUAUAAGAUGCAAAGUAACCCAUCUCGAUGGUAUUAAAAAUGAAAUUUCAAAUAUUUUUUUUGAAAAUGGAAGUAAAUGGUCUUAAAAUAAAACACCUCAAAUUUAAAAAGUGAAGAAAUACUUCAUAAAAAAAAUCUAACAAUCAUUAAAUUUAAUCCUCUCCUUUUCCUUUUCUUUUUUUUUUUAAUUUUAUAAAAACAUUAAUGUUUUUAAAAAUAUUUUUUGGGGUGAGGAAGUAAAGUUGAAUUGCAUUUAUAUGUUCAAUGUUAAAUUAAUUAAUGGUAGCUUCUAUAAAUUUUAAGUUAAUUAAAUGUUGAUCUAUUAUGAAGCUUAUAGUAAGUGUUUGAAUAGUAUCAAUGUGUACUAACCGUGCAUAAAUAUUUAUGUUAUUUUAACGUCUUAACAACCCUCUGUCAAAAUUUGAAAUGUAUCCAAGACGUAGUUGUUGACAUAAAGUGUCAUUAGUCACAAUUUUACGCACGUAAAUGCUAACUUUAGUGUUAAUGAUCUGUUUAUAGAUGUAUGAAUGGUUUUAACUUUACAAGGUUAAACACAUUUUAGCCAUUUUCACUUCCGGUAUUAUUUUGUUACUGCUACUAAAGUAAGGAGGAUUAUAUAUCUUUGCGAAAUGCUGGAAAUCUAUGAUGUCAGCUAACAGGGGUGGCGAUUGCGUUGUUUGUAUUCUAAAAGAAUCGAACACGAUAUUGUCAAAGUGAAGUUUAGAGAGUAAAUCAUAUUCGAGCGACUAUUUUUUAUAUAAAAAAAUAAUUGUAGAAACUAUUAUCAUUAUCAUUCUUAUGAUGAGAAGAAUUAAAAAUUUACACCAAUUUUGUGAUAGCAUCUUUAUACAAGUCUAUAUUUUUUAUUUUGACUCAUUCUUUCAAUUCUUAAAAAUAUCUAUAAGAGUUUAAAUUAUUGUUUUUUGUUAUAUUUGUAAUUAUUGAAGAAAAAGAAAAAUAUUUCUUUCUAAUGAAUGGUUAUUGUUUGUAGGUUUAUUCCUUAUUAUAGUCCAUUUUAAAUGUACUAAUUUUUAUUAUAUGUUAAAUUUGUAAUAUGGAAAUUAACAAUAAAAUGCUUCCUGUUUA